ACAUAACUGCCGAGCGAACUCGACUGUACUUCUUCUUGCGCUGCGUACCGGAAAAUACCGUACGUGCACGAAGGAAACUACCUGCUGAAGUCAAAGUAAGAAAGAGUCAGAGUUUAACUUGCAUGGGUGUCAAGGGCCUUAAGAAAGAAUCAUGUCUGACUCCGAACCUACACCAAGCGCUACAAAAGAAACGCCAAGUGCUGCCGAAGGAACACCAAGUACUGCAGAAGAAGUUAACCAAAAAACAGAGCAGGCUGACCAAACUAAAGGAGUAGAUGAAUCAAAUGGACAAACUGAACAAACAACAGCAGAACAAACAGAAAAGGCUCCCGAGGAGGGAGGGGUCCAAGAGACGAGUCCAGGACCAGGGGACCAGGUGGCCAUAGAUGCAGGAAAAGGAGCGGAAGCAAGUGCUGCAGUUGAACCUCAGGAUGAUAGUUCCAGAGUGGUGAUAAUCUCCGGUGCAAACACUGGUAUUGGCCUGGUUGCUUCGGAGAAGUUUGCUAAAGACGGGUUUGAGGUAAUCCUGGCGUGCAGGAGCGAAGAAAAGGCAAACCAAGCAGUCAGCCAAGUCCAGAAAAAAGUCCCGGGAGCUAAAGUAUCUUUCAUGAAGCUUGAUCUGAAUUCCUUGAAGUCUGUUAGAGAAUUUUCUGAUGCCUUCCACGCAACCGGGAAACCUCUUCAUGCGCUGUGCAACAAUGCGGGCCUAACGACAGGCUUCUCAAGCAAUGACCGAUUGGAGACGGAAGAUGGCUUUGAAAUGACCUUUGGGGUCAACCAUUUAGGUCAUUUUCUGUUGACCCACCUUCUUAUGGAUGUGCUGAAGAAGACGUCGGAGGCUUGCGGAGAAGCGAGGAUCGUGAACACGGCGUCCAUGCUACACGAUCCUGCCAAGAGUGCUCGAAUGGGAGGUUCCCCUCCCCAUCUCGAUUUUGAUGACCUGAUGCUGGAGGAGAGUCAACCAUUUGAUGGGUUGCUGGCCUACAGGAACUCCAAGCUUGCAAACUGCGCCUUUUCCGUUGAGCUUGCCAGGAGACUAGAGGGGUCAAAGGUCACAUCAAACACGCUUUGUCCAGGUUUCAUACCAGCCACUGGUCUUGGACGCAACGAGACGACAAUGGCUAAGAUCAAAAUGGCGAUAUUCACCCCCCUCCUGAAGCUGAUAGGUGUGACGCGUAACCUAGAACACGGUGGCGGAAUGAUCCAUUACGUUGCAACUAGUCCAGAUUUUAAAGGUUUGAGUGGGAAACACUCCUCUGAUUUCAAGAUGAUGGACAGCUCUGCAGAAUCCCGAGACCCUGAGGUCGGCAAGAGGCUAUGGGAUAUCUCGGCAGAUCUUGUCCAGUACGAAGCCGCCAAGACCAUGUAACUGCCCAAAAUGGUGAAUGCCCCCCAUUGUGCACCCCACUUUGUCUUUUACCCAUUUGUUAUAAUAGUUUUUAAUAGGGCUUUCCAAGAAACUAAUGUUUAGUUCCUAGUCAAGUCAAAAAAAAUUCUAAUAGCAUCCUUAAUGAGUAUAAUAUGAAAAUUACCAAAUCAAAUUGUAUGUAAUUUUAGAAUCGUAAACUAGCAUUUAUUAUAUACAACUGGCUAAGAUAUUAUGCAAUAUGGUCGAUUGGAUACAGAGAUAAGAGCCUUCUAUUAGCACUCGCCUAUCAAUCCAAUUUUUGUUAUAUAAAGUAUUAUGAAUAGAGUACGUAGUCAACUUAUAUCUGCAGUCUCCCAUAUUUAUUUUCAUUUAGAUUUGGGCCUACAACUUAUGGACCCAUACUUAAAUUUAAGAAAUCAAGGUUUAAGCCAUUAAUAUGACAUAUUUAUUAAAUCAAACAAAAAAUGAUACCAAAAAUGACUAAACCUGACUACACAUACCACUUAAUACAAAACUUUUAUGGAGAGGUUUUCUGAUGUGUAAUGAAAAUUGUUUGUAUAUCUUUGUGAAUAUUGGACCAGAUCACUUAAAAUUUCAUCCAGUUGUAGAAAAUGAAUAGUAGUUUACAGGUGUAAAGAUAUAAAAAAAAAUACAAUGUAAUAUAAUAAAUGUAAGUAACAAUGUAAUGAUUUUAAUAUUAUACCCAUCUAUAUAGAGUGCCAUUAGCAUUUUUUGUGGGACACCCUGUAAAAGCAAAUUUGUAUUGGAUUUAAGUUCAAUUGCAAGGCAACUUUCUUGCAAUGCUUGAUUCGUCUAUAUUAUUUUGUCACAUUUUCAAUAAGUGGCAAUUACAGUAUUACAAACAGUGCAUUCAGGUAAAUUUUUCCUACUCUGAGAGCUUAUAUUUAGAAAUCAUCCUCAUUCUAAAGCCUAUGCUAUCCCCAACUAAUUAAUGAAAAUGGAUGGAUGGAUAUAGAUUAAUAAAUGUAUGAAUUAAGCUGUAUUGAUAUGUAAUAUUGCACAAGCAGAAGAACAAAUGGCAUCCAUUCCUCUUCUUGUCCAUGGUCACAUGUACUGUAGAAUUUCAGGUUACCCUUUAUACUUAUUGGAAGCUUAAAGAGUAGGGGAGAUUGGAGUUAGUUGGAACAUUUUUGACAAAAAUGGCUGUAAAGUCCAAAUAGAUUUGAUUUAAGAAACAAUAUAUCAGCUUAAAGCAUAUAUCUAAGGGCUACAAAGUACCCAUAAAAUUUGUUAACUCUAUGAUGGUUACUGAAAAAUCCACCUUGAACAAGACCAUCUCAAGUGUUCAAACUUACCCCAUAUAUAUAUAUAUAUAUCUUAACUUCACCAGGCUUGUUGCACAUGUGUUGUCUGUAAUGAGGUGGAUGGCUGUUGCUAAUGGCAAGAAAUUGAGGGCAGUAUUGCAUAAAUUUAUUUAUAGGUGUUAAAGAAAAUUACAAUAUUUUAACUUACCCUGGGUUCCAACUAACCCCAAUCUCCCCUCUCUCUAUUUUGUACAUUUUACUGUAACUUUUGAAAUAAUGUCAGAUGCCAAAGAUGGCUGUAAUACUAUGAAAAUUACCAUUAAAGAGGACUUUGAAAGUGUUUUUAAAAUCAUCAGAAAGAUUCUUCAUGAAAAUGAUUGUAAUAAUUACAAUCUUUCCUCAUCUGAGAAAAUUUAUUAAAUUUUGGCAAGAGAGGCUUAAUGGGACAGGUCACAGUGUCUUGAAACUUUUGUUUGUUUUAUUUUUGUAUUCUAGUAAAUUUGGCUGGAAUGACCUCGAACCUUGAACCUUGAAGAAUAAUCCCUUUCAGCAGCUUCAAAGCUAUCCCGGGAUGAAAACAUUCUGUGUAUCAGUGCGAGGUGCCAUGGUGAAGUAAUUUGAAAUUUCACUUAUAUACAUUAAAAGUGAAUGUGCAUGCUUGUUUUGAUAAUUCCUCAGAAACUACACAUUCUUUACCAGAAUAAUUGGGCACAUACUUUUUCAUUCAUACAAUGUUAAUACUAGGGCAUUUAUUUCAUGGCAUUAUGUUUGAACUCAUUUUUUGAUUUAUGACCACAACUGGCAUUAAUGUUUUAUGCAGUUUGAUAUUCAAAGAAACUUGUUUGGCUGCAUUUUUCCAUUUAUUGGUGAAUUUACAAACUUCAUGCACAGCUUUGCAAAGCACUCCCUGGCUAACCCAAAAUGCCAAUUUAAAGACUCAUAAUUCCACAGUGAUCUCACUUUUGAGUUGUAUGUAUAAUAACCAACUUGUUUUGCAAACUUUGAGUAUUAUUGUUUGCUUCCUUUAUACUAAUGGGUUUUUUUUUUCUUUCUUUUUUUGUAAAGGAUGAAUGAAAUGGAGUAGAAACCCAGUAUAAGAUCUGUUGAUAUUUGCUCAUGUUUGUGAUAAAAAUAUUUAUAUCUAAAUAUCUUUGUAUAUCAUGCCAUAUUGUCAUUAUUAUCAUAUUUUUAUGUCAUUUCUGGAAUACUUAGGCAUACGCAUGGAAAUAGCUUUGUUCUUUCAUUUUUUGUUCCUUUCUUCAUAUUCUUUAUGAAUUCCAUAGAAGGUUUUAUCUUUUUCAUCUACUUUUAUAAGUAAACAACUCUAAAACUGUACUUAUUCCACCUUUGUACAAUACCAUCUAUGCAUUGUUGUUUUCACAUUUAGUUGGUGCUAAUUCGCAUAACUUUUUUUUUUUCAAUUCUUAUUUAUGUCCUUUAUCACUUUUAGUAAUUUCUCAGCAUUUAUCAAAUAAAAUUAAUCAAACUUCAGACUUCAUCAAGAUAUUCCCUUAAUUAUCUAAGAUACUAAUCUUAUUGCAAAAUUUUUAAAUGAAAUGACCAGAAAAGGAUGAGAUUCCUGCCAUUUGACCAGUAAUUUCAACAAUUAAUCGAGGGCUUCAUUGAAUUUUCUAUUCUAAAAACAUUUUAUAGUACUACUAUUACCACUGAACAUCUAUAAGUAAUAUCAGCUCAUUUUUGUUCAAAAUGAUAUACAUUUAUGAAAUAACUUCAGUCACAUAGAUCUAAUCCCUAUCACCAUGUUUGAUGAUACUAAAGUUGUAUUUAUUUAAGUAUGUGCAUAACAGCCGUUUAUGGCAGGCCUAAAGUUUCUUUUGGUUGUAUGAUUUAUUGGGGGGUCUGAAAAUUUUGAUUAAUAUUUUUGUGGAACAUAUAUUAUGUAUAAUAGGUUUCGUGUAGUUGUGUGAAAAUAUCACACAACUACACGAAGCCUAUUAUACAUAAUAUAUUUUCAACAAAAAUAUUAAUCAAAAUUUUGAUUCAUAUUUCUGUUGAAUGUAUAUUUUGCUAAAUUCUGUUUAGAUUUAUAAAACCAUGAGGGUUCAAAAUAUUAUGUAAUUAUGUUAAUGAUUAAUUGAUUAUGAUUAAUUGAUUAUAAUGAAAAUUUCCAAAAAAAUGCAGUUUAUAAAUUGCUCAUAUAUAUCCAUGUUAUACAUCCAUGAACUCUUUAUCCAAGUAGUUCACCUUGACAGAAGUACUAUGUUAAUCAUUCAAUCAAAUGGAAGAUAUGAAAUUUCAAUUAUUUUCAAGUCGUCUUGCCAAUCAAAACUGCCCUUGUGAACCAAGCCUAAAAAUCAGUGUAUGAGAUUCUAUUGAUUAAAAUCAUAUAUUUUCUUCUUUCGUUGUGUAUGAAAGAAAAUCA